ACCAUGAUUCCUCUCCCAAAACACGGUCAGUCAACGAGAAGAAGUGAAGAGACUCUGGCACGCUACUGCCCCCCUGUUGUUCGGAGGAGGAACUACACCACGCUGUGCAAACGGCAGUCAAUGGCUCUGGCAAUGCACAUGGUUGUGCUGCUGCUGGUCGUGUGUGUAUCCGUGUGUUUGGCUGAUUAUUAUUCAGUGUUAGGAGUUCCUCGCUCGGCCUCUGAAAGAGAGAUAAAGAAAGCGUUUCACCACUUGGCCCGGAAGCUUCACCCCGACAGGAACCACAGCCCAGAUGCUCAACAUGUCUUCACACAGCUUGCUCAAGCUUACGAGGUGCUGUCUAACCGAGCGCAACGGAGAAUCUACGACCAAAACAUUGAAAUGGAGAAGAAGCAGGGUGAUGACCAGCACGGUUCCUAUGGUAACGGUGAUUUCCUGGCCUUCGGUCUACAUGAACUCCUCAACACACUGCGAAUGGAGGAUGAGUUUAUGAUGUGGGAAGACGCAGGUUUGGGUCAGGGAUGGAGCUUUACUAUGUGGGAUGAAGGUCAGAAUGAUGAUGGUGGUGAUCAUCUCAGCGAUAUGUUCAGUAUGCUGUAAGAUCACAGAGGAGAAGAGUAAUUACAGUUGUAAGAAUAUUGGUUGUUUUUUAUUUGAGAUGAAAUAAAGCGUGAGUUUUAAUUAA